AUGUUCACAGCGCUAGGACAGACUGAGGAAGCCACAACUUCAAUCCGCGACGCGAAAAUGUCCUGGUUCCAGAAAACCUUCACCCUCCCCCCUCGCUCCCGCGGCUCCUACCUCAUAACCGACGAAGUCCUCUCCCAACUCCCCGAAAUCCGCAACUACAAAGUCGGCAUGCUCAACCUCUUCGUGCAGCACACCAGCUGCGCGCUCUCGCUGAACGAGAACUGGGACGAGGAUGUGCGCGCCGAUAUGAGCGAUGCGCUGGAUAGGAUUGCGCCGGCGGAUCGGAAGGGGAAUCUCUAUCGGCAUUCGGCUGAGGGGGAGGAUGAUAUGCCGGCUCAUAUCAAGUCUGCUCUUGUUGGGGCGUCGGUUAAUAUUCCCAUCUCGAAUGGGCGGUUGGCGACGGGUACGUGGCAGGGGAUUUGGUAUUUGGAGUUUCGGACGAGUCGGCACACGCGCAAGGUUGUUGCGACGAUUCAGGGUGAGAAGGCGUGACUCGAUGGUGCCCGGGGAUGUCUAUGAUUGCUUUGAAAUUAUAUGCUGCGAUGCAUGAGAUGCUGGUGCAGCCUACGAAAGUCACUGAGCUUAUUUGGAUGUAGAGAGCUCAAUUGGAAGCAUGGACGCAACGCUAGCCGUGCAAAUGUCUUGUUGAUAGUAUAUGAAUGCUUGGUGUAUAUAUCAUAGCUGCAGAUCAAUCAAGCAGUAUGACCCAGC